UGCCGCAACCUGCACCGCACCCGCACCCGCACCCGCACCCGCACCCGCACCCGCAACUGCAACUGCAACCACCUCUCAGGGCAGAGCCUGGGGCUGUCUCUCUCGUCUCUCCCGUUGUCUCUCCUCCCGUCCCCGUCUGGGCUGUCUGUCUCCCACUCACUCGAGGCCCUCUUUCGCACCCGGUACAUCCACCCACCCCCCCUUGCGUUGCUUAACAAUUUCGUACUCGACCCGGUCCAUUGUACUUUCGUACUCUCCUCCCAGUCCCAGUCCUCCAAGGACCCAAACUCCAAUCCUCCCCGUCCCAGCUGGCCGCCCAGUCGCCCUCUUUCCUUUCUUCCCACUUCACGCCCGUUCGUCCCAGCCCUUGUUACUUUGCUCGUUAUCAACAGCGCCAGCAUACCGAAGCCUCCACCCUUCGUCUCGAGUACAUGCGAACUUUCCGCGCGACGGUACCCGCAACUGCGAAACGACAAAUCCCCCCUCUCUCGAUCGCCCCUACUCACACAAAAACCCAAAAGGAUCCGUACACGCCUCGACUUUAGGAACAAACAUCACGUCCAUGAUCUCGGCCAAUCCGAUUUCGUGCGACUACCAUCGAUGCCAAUCCUGGUGACCGUCGGAACCACCGCGCUACCGCUGCUUCCUCGCCCGCACUUGGUGAAGUACCAUUCAUGA